AUGAAAUUGGUGGCCGAGAACUUGACUGGUUCUCUGUUCUACGUUGAGGUUGACGACGGCGCCACCGUUCUUGAUCUGAGAACCGAGAUCAGUUCCCAGCAGAGCCUCCCUUCCGACCGUCUCCUCUUCGUUCCCGACCACGACCGUGGCCGUCUCAUAUCCGCCGCCGACGACGGAACCUCGCUCGUUGAUUUUGGGCUCCGAGAUGGGUCGCUCAUUUACGUCUUUUUCUGUCCACUUGAUGAGGAGGGUGUCGAUGAUCUUGAUGCUCGUCAGCUGUUCUUUAACUGUCCUGAUCUUCUUCUCUUUCAGUAG